GCCCUGCCUCACCCCACCUCACCCCGCCUCGCCCCCCCACCCCCCACAAUGCCACAGGGCUAUCUGUGGCUAUUCUUAGGCUGUCACUUCAGCUCCUCCGAGCAGGCCAGUCCUCUCCGUCUGCUGCUUCUUUCUCUCUUUCUGGUCAGUUUUUCAAUGAAACUUCUCCUUUUCUUUCUCCGUCUCUUCAUCUAAAGUCUAACGUCUUCCUCCUCUCGUCUCCCUGCAGAGGUAACUCGGCGCCGGCGCUCCUCGUCCCUCCAGCAGCUGUCUCUGGCUCCUUCAGACCCAGAUUAAAGCCUUUUUGGAUCUUAGUGUGAGAAUGAGCAGCUACAGCGUGUCUCUGCCGGGCCCCGGGCCCUGGGGCUUCAGGCUGCAGGGGGGCAAGGACUUCAACAUGCCGCUCACCAUCUCCAGGAUCACUCCGGGCAGCAAGGCGGCUCAGGGGAACCUGAUCCAGGGUGAUGUCAUCGUGGCGAUCGACGGCGUGGGAACGGACGGGAUGACUCACCUGGAGGCGCAGAACAAGAUCAAGAUGGCGAGCUACAACCUGUCGCUCACCAUGACCAAGGCGAAGCGUCCCGUUCCCAUGGCGACCCCGAGGAUGGACGCCUCCAUCCCCAUGAUCCCCCACCAGCAGAUAUUCAACCCUGCUGCUCCAAACCCCGGCGGGUUCAGCCCGGCGGCGCUCUCCUCCCACCAGCCCAUCGAGGUGAAGGGUCCGGGGGGGAAGGCGACCAUCAUCCACGCUCAGUACAACACGCCCAUCAGCAUGUACAGCCAGGACGCCAUCAUGGACGCCAUCGCUGGCCAGACGCAGGGGAAGGGCCCCGAGCCCUGUCUUGUCUCGGUUAAAGAGACUCUUGUAGACUCUCCGGUCUAUCAGGCGGUCCAGAGUCUGGAGAAGGACCAGGACCAGGACUCGGGGGAGUGGGGGGGCCGCCGCAGCGCCGCCAGGCAGUCCAAGACCUUCAGGGUCCUCGCCUCCAGGACCGCCACCCAGACCCGUGACAACGGGGAGGAGGAGGAGGAGGAGGCGCUGAAGAGGAGCAGUCAGUACGGCCAGCCUCCCGCCAUGCACCAGGCUCCACAAGCCCCGCCUCCACAGCAGUACCAGCCAAUGCCGCAGCAGUACCAGCAGCCAAUCCCGCCUCAAUAUCAGCAGCCAAUCCCGCCUCAGUACCAGCAGCCAAUGCCGCAGCAGUACCAGCAGCCAAUGCCGCCUCAGUACCAGCAGCCCCCGACGCAGCAGGCCCCGCCCACCCAGCAGAGCUCCAUUCAGAUCCCUCUUGGCUCCGCCCCUCCCAAGGUGGUGAGCACGGCGUGCAUCUACCCGUCGCAGCCCGCUCCGCCUCCUGCUCAGGCUCCGCCUCAGCCUCAGCCCCGCCCUCAGCCUGCCGCGCCUGGCCCCGCCCCCGCCGGCCCCGCCUCCGCCAACCGCCCGCCCUGGGUGGCCGACACCAACUUCGCCGACAAGUUCGACCCGAGUAAGAUGACCACGACCAGUGUGAAGGUUCAGCCGCUGCCGCAGGCCGCUCCCCCUCCGCCGGCGUACAUCCCCAACCCGUCCUCCGCCGCGCCCGUCGCUCCCAGCCCCGCCCCCAUAGCACCAAGCCCCGCCCCCUUCACACCGGUGGCGAGGGGCGUGGCCCAGAGAGCGGAGAGGUUCGCCGCAAGCAGCCGUACGCCCCUAUGUGGAGCCUGCAACAGCGUCAUCAGGGGCCCCUUCCUGGUGGCCCUGGGCCGCUCCUGGCACCCCGAGGAGUUCAACUGUCACUACUGUCACAACACGCUGGCGGACGUGAGCUUCGUGGAGGAACAGAACAACGUUUACUGUGAGAACUGUUACGAGGAGUUCUUCGCCCCGACCUGCGCUCGCUGCAGCACCAAGAUCAUGGGGGAAGUGAUGCAUGCUCUGAGACAGACGUGGCACACCACCUGCUUCGUGUGUGCGGCGUGCGGCAAAGCCUUCGGAAACAGUCUGUUCCACAUGGAGGACGGGGAGCCGUACUGCGAGAAAGACUACAUCGCUCUCUUCAGCACCAAGUGUCACGGCUGUGACUUCCCCGUCGAGGCUGGAGACAAAUUCAUCGAAGCUCUGGGUCACACCUGGCACGAUACCUGCUUCGUCUGCGCUGUGUGUCAUGUGAAUCUGGAGGGUCAACCUUUCUACUCAAAGAAAGACAAACCUCUGUGCAAGAAGCAUGCUCACGCCAUCAACGUGUAGAGCGCCGGCCGGCCUGGCCCCGCC